AGGAAGGGGGCGGGACCGGAAGGUGGUCUCCUUGGGUCGCGGGUCCUCUGGGCAUCCUCUAGGGAAUGUUGAGAGGUGGCAAGAUGACGGCGGAGCUAGGAGUCGGGUUCGCGCUGCGGGCCGUGAACGAGCGCGUCCAGCAGAGUGUGGCGCGGCGGCCGCGGGAUCUCCCAGCCAUCCAACCCCGGCUAGUAGCAGUCAGCAAAACAAAACCUGCAGACAUGGUGAUUGAGGCCUACGGCCAUGGCCAGCGCACUUUUGGAGAGAACUAUGUUCAGGAACUACUAGAGAAAGCGUCAAACCCUAAGAUUCUGUCUUCAUGUCCUGAGAUCAAAUGGCACUUCAUUGGUCAUUUACAGAAACAAAAUGUCAACAAACUGAUGGCCGUCCCCAACCUCUCUAUGCUGGAAACCAUAGACUCUGUGAAGUUGGCAGACAAGGUGAACAGUUCCUGGCAGAAGAAAGGCUCUACUGAACGACUGAAGGUUAUGGUCCAGAUUAACACCAGUGGAGAGGACAGUAAACACGGCCUUCUGCCUUCGGAGACCAUAGCCGUCGUGGAACACAUAAAGGCCAGUUGUCCCAGCCUGGAGUUCGUGGGUCUCAUGACCAUAGGAAGCUUUGGGCAUGAUCUAAGUCAAGGACCAAACCCAGACUUCCAGAGGCUGCUGUCCCUGCGGCAGGAGCUGUGUGAGAAGCUGGACGUUCCCGUGGAGCAGGUGGAGCUUAGCAUGGGCAUGUCCAUAGACUUCCAGCAUGCUAUUGAAGUAGGAUCUACAAAUGUCCGGAUAGGAAGCACUAUUUUUGGAGAGCGAGAUUACUCAAAGAAACCUGCCCUAGACAAGACUACGACAGACCUGAAGGCCUCAGUACCACUGGUGCAAGGACAGUGAAGUCAGGACAGCUCGGAAGAUCAACCAUGUACCAGCCUAGAUAAUUUUGGUGUUCCUCAUGUCCCCAGUCACACUCUUCUUUGGCCUAUAUAGAGCGCUAAGGAUUACAUGUAUUGAUGGAGACCACCUGUGCUUAGCUUCUGCUGUAGGAAGCUCAGUUCAAGCAGGGGUUUAGGCUUGGAUUUGAAGAGGUGCAAGACUGAGAACUGACACCAAAUUAGGAGCCGGGACCUGAGUCCGGUUGAUCACUGCCCAGGAAUACCAACCCCCAUGAAUCCCUGUCCCCGGGUGUCUUUUGGGUUGUUGAUGUCUAUAGUUGAGAAAAUCAGAGGGAUUCCCAUUUUUCAUCUCACUCUAAUAGACUACCCUACAAGUCCCCACUUCUCUGGAAUGAGAUGACUUCUGCUUCUAGUUUCCAUCCUGGCCAGUAGUUGUCUCCAGUCACAGUCCUCUGUGGCACUGACCCGAAAUUCCAGGGUAACUUGUAAAUAGCAUUAGGCCUUUCUGAGGUCUUGUUGGAAAAAAGAGGGACUUGGAGCUUAUUCCUCAAGGAUCACAGUGAUGCAAAGUGGGUAACAGGAUUUCUUCCCCAUCAUAAUCCUUUUUUGGUUUUUAGCAAAGACUGCCCCACUUGGAGACGAAAGCCUCCAGUUGUGGCGCAUGGUUUCAGCAAGCCUCACUUGCUUUUCCUCUUCUGGAGAUGUCCCAGGCAAAUGUACAGCUAUCCCCGUACACACAUUGGAUUUACAAGCCAGAAUGUUGCAGCUUCUGGUUGUUCACAGCACUAUAAGAGCUCCAAAACCGAGGAAACAGCUGGGCAUAGCAACGCCUGCCUGUAACUCCAGCAUUUGCAGGGUGCAGGCAGAAAGACUGUGAGUUCAAGGAUAGACAAAGACUAAAUGAGACCCUUUAUCUAAAACUAAUAAUAAACCAGAAAGCACAAUUCUGCAGUAAUCACAACAGAGCUUCGGUGUGGGCUGCUUAUUUCCUAGUAGCUUUUUCUCCUGUUUAUUCCAGCCCUCAUCGUUCAGUUAACAAAUAACGUCAGAACCCGCUGCUGAUGAAUGUAAUUUCCAGACUUAAACCACUAUGAUUCUUGUUCUGUUUCAAUCAAAGCUAGCGCGGUAUUUCAGUUUGUUAAAAACAAACGUGAGCUUGAAUUAUACCAUCUGUGCCAACUAUAAAGCCAUUAAAGAUUUAUUUUUAUGAUCUGA